AUGACGACUUCCUAUCCAAACACCUCGGUGGAAGCGAGAGAAGAAGUGGGCAAGAGCAUAUGCGUGCUCUCUUACAAGUCAUUGGAGGUCGAUAAGAUCAUAAAAUCAGUCAGCGAUGAUGGUGCAGGGGCUACAGCACUCUUCAUCGGCACGACUCGAAACUCAUAUCAAGGAAAGGUCGUGGCACGUUUAGAAUACCAGGCGUAUAGCAAGUUGGCCAUCAAAACCAUGGCAGAUAUCAUCCGAACAGCACAUCAAUCAGUCACACGUUCUGCCCACCAUCCAGCGCCCGCAGCAGUGCCCUCUAUCAUUUCCUGCGCUGUUCACCAUCGGCUGGGGGCGGUGCCGGUAGGAGAGCCCUCGAUCGUGAUAGCAGUAUCUUCACCGCAUCGGAAGGAAGCAUUCGUAGCAUGUGAGCAGAUCCUCGAGGAGGUGAAGCAAAAGGUGCAGAUAUGGAAGAGAGAGUACUAUGAGGGCGAAAGAGAGGAGGAGGCGGAGUGGAAGGCGAACAGCGGAUAG